UUUCGAGAAAUGCCUUAAACUAGAUAUCUUGCAGCAGAGGCCAGAGGGUAAAGAGAAGAUUGAAAAUUGGCAGUUCGACUUGAAGUGUAGUAUCAAGAACUCAGAAGUACAGUGAACCGCCGAUUGAGCAAUUUUCUCCCGCGAGUGACGAUUGCGCGCCAUGAAGCUGAGACUUAGAUCCGUCGAGACCAAAGAGACCAUUCCGGUCGACGUCCCGCCGUCUACCUCCCUGCCGGAACUCAAACGCCGCCUUUCUCAGUCACUCCCGGCAUCAUCCGCUUCAUCUCUGCAUUCUUCAGAUUCCAUUCGUCUCUCGCUCAAUAAAAAAGAUGAGCUUCGAAGCUCUUCACCCGAUGAAACGCUCCAGAUGCUAGGUAUUACGUCUGGCGACCUUAUCUUCUUUUCCUUUAAUCCAAAUGUUCAAAAAUCGUCUGAAUCCCAAAUUACCACUGGUUUAAGCCCUAAUUUACCGGCUGAAUCGACUAAGAACUCUGAUUCUAUCAAUUUGAGCGAGAAAUCCCCAGAAUUAAGUUCCGAUUUACCGGUGGAAUCGACCAAUACGUCUGAUUUCAACAGUCAUCAGGGAGAGGAAGAAGAGGUGGAAUUCAUGGAAACCGAUUGGGAAGAAAAUGAUGCGGACGUGGUUUCAGUCGGGGUUGGGAAAUCGUUUUCAGUUCCUGGAUUCUUAAGGAAAGUGUUCACGGAGGAGUUGAGUGAUAGUGAUGGUGGCCGUGAUCACAAGCUCUUGCUGAUUGCUGUUCAUGCUGUUCUGCUCGAGUCUGGGUUUGUUCGCUUUGAUCCAAUUUUGCAUAAAAAAGUACCGAAUCAAUUGUUUUUGACAGAACCGCAAGUUAGUAUUCUCAGUUAUUCACUGCCUGAGAUUGUUGAUGGUGAUACUGACCAGAACAGCAAUGCUGUUCCCACUGUUGAGCUGAAAUUUCAGACCCUAGGGAAGGUUGUGAUGGUUUAUGGUUCCCUAUCUGGCAAUUCCUCAGUGCAUUCUGUACAGCUGGACAAAGAUCACUUGGUGCCAUUCUUGAAUGUUGCAUGGUCUAAUUGUGGGUUAUCUGAGGAAAUUGCUAGUAAAGAUGGCCUGUUGUGGACUUCUCCUGAGAAAGAGGUCUUCGAGUUUUGGAGGACUGUGAAGGAUGGACUAGCAUUGCCAUUGUUGAUUGAAUUGUGUGAGAAGGCUGGUCUUGGACUCCCUCCGUGCUUUAUGCGGCUUCCUACUGAACUAAAGCUGAAAAUUCUGGAGUUGCUACCUGCUGUUGAUUUAGCAAAGAUGAGUUCUCUGUGCUCAGACUUGCGGUACUUGGCCUCAAAUGAUGAUCUUUGGAAACAGAAGUUCCAGGAGCAGUUUCCUAAUGCUGAUAGGUUAUGGAAUGGGGGCACUUGGAAUUGGAAGCAGAAGUUUGCCGCAGCUCGCAAGCAAAGGAAAACGAUGCGCAGAAGAAGAUUUUUUGAUCAACUGGGAUAUGUAAAUCCUCCAUUUAUGGGUCCUUGGCAGCGCCCUCCAUUUAUGGGUCCUUGGCAGCCCAAUAUUAUAAGAGAUCCCGAUCCACUUCUUCCGCCAUUUGACAAUGUUCCUCCUCCAUCACGGUGGGCUAGUCACGUGCCUCGUUGUAAUCGCAGAGAGCCCUGAAUCAGGAAGAACUUUGCUUAAUCAUGAUUCUAGCAUCAAUAGCCAAGGAGGCAUCAGAGCUUCACUGACACACAACUAUGGCUUUGUUUUCUGUUCUUGCAUAGAAAUACUGGAAAUAUAGUACUCUUUAGCUAGCUGUAAUAAGCUUAUAAAGUUGUUUUGUUUAGGAACAUGAAUUUCAUGGAAGAUUUUUAGCAAUGUACUAAAGUUGAUUUUGGUUAAAAGCAGUGGUGUUUGUCCAGUAAUUGUUAGAAGGUAGUGAAGGAUUGCAUUGUGAAUUAUGAACUCAACAACUGGUUCCUGGUUAA